UUGACAUUACUACAUCAUGUAGUUGUGUUGUGGAACGCGCCAUCGUGCCGUAUCUUGCAUUUAUAGCGCGAAGUAAACAAAAUCUUUCCUGAACUAAUAGAUGACAUAAACUGUGAACGAUAUAUUGUGGACUAAUGGACAUUCCUGAACAUUAUUUACGGCAUUCGCUGUGAUUGAAAGAAACAAAAAGGCGGGCGAAAUCAGUGUGCGAGUGGCGAUUAGCGAUCUAUUUAUAGACAGACCUAUGGCGCGAUAAAACUGUAUUACAUGCUACAAAUGUGUAUCAGUGUCAUGUUAACAUUCCAAUAAUAGUUUACUUCCUAAUUGUACGUGUUUCAUUUCUUACUGGACAUAAUAUCUUCGAUACUGUUGAGGAAAACGUAGCCGCGAAACUAGUUUGACAGCUCAUGAAUGUACACAUUGAAAGGGAACGUAAUGCGCAUGUGUGCGUGUAAGUGAUGUGAAAUUCUUAUGUAUGCGCUUAUCGAUUGGCAAGAUUAUUUCAAGGCCACCGGUGAAGACUAAUGUAUGAUUUAUUAUUUUAACUUCAUAUCAAUAUAACGAAAGCUGGACUUUCAAACAAUAUGGAGUCGCCAUUGUUAGAUAGUAAAAAUGUCGAGGUCACGGUGAACAGAUCCGUAAGUUCAAGUUCAAAUCAAUUAAUCCCAGACAACUUGGAGCUUCCUGAUGAUACAUUCCGUAUGAGUUUAGAUAAUUUUUCCAUGAUUGGAGAAAAUGUGACUAUAGGUAGAGAGAUGUCGGUGGACGGCAGUGUGGGUACUAAUGCUGAGACACCCACGAUGGAACUGCCGACUCCGCUACAGACCCCUGAUGCGCAAACUCCUGACAUCGCAUCACCAGACAUUGUCCAAAAUCCUAAGUCACCUGAUGUCGAACAAACUCCUGACAUAGAGUCAUCUGAUAUUAUACAAACUCCCGAGAUCGAGUCACCUGAUGCCGUCCAAACGCCGGACAUCGCGACACCUGAUACCGUUGAUACUCCUGGCAUUGAGUCACCCGGUAUAGAGAGCCCGGCUCCAGAGGAGUCACCUCCUAUAAUAGAAACUCCUAAAAUAAGCGACGCUAAAGCUGAACCUCGCAGACCACAAACGCUGCUGCAGCUAUCACUGACGAAGAAAAGUGACAACGAAAUCUUCGUCAAACCGUCUCCUGUCAUAGAUCUUAUGUCACCAGCGAAAAUGCUGCAGUUUGAAGUCGAGGCCUCUAGCGCCACUCCAACCAUGAAACGAGCAGCCGUGGACUUUGAUUUCUUUAGCAAAAACAACUUUGAGGAGUAUUUUGCGGAAGUGGAGGCCAAAUAUGAUAAUGAGGUUGAGGAUCCGGGAGAUGGCAGCACUACUUUUAAAGAGACGCCGGUUAUCGUGAAGACGGAUACCGUCCGACAUGAGAUCGGUUAUGUUAAUCUCAAUGGCGCUGCCAAAGUGGACAUUUCUCACUUUGAUUUGCUCAAAGUACUUGGCACUGGCGCAUAUGGGAAGGUGUUUCUAGUUAGGAAAAGAUGUGGAAUAGACGAAGGAAAAUUAUACGCUAUGAAAGUUUUAAAAAAGGCAUCCAUAGUGCAAAAAUUAAAGACUGCUGAGCACACAAGGACUGAAAGACAGGUCUUAGAAGCUGUGAGGGCUUGCCCUUUCCUGGUGACACUUCACUACGCUUUCCAAACGGACGCAAAAUUACACCUAAUCCUCGAUUAUGUAGCGGGAGGUGAACUCUUCACUCAUCUAUAUCAAAGGGAACACUUCAGUGAAAAUGAAGUACGGAUAUACAUAGCCGAAAUUAUAUUGGCUCUCGAGCAGCUACACAAGCUCGGUAUUAUUUACCGCGACAUCAAGUUGGAGAACAUACUCCUGGACGCGGAAGGUCACAUAGUGCUGACGGACUUUGGCCUGUCCAAGGAGUUCUGUGGUGGUGAAAGCAGAGCGUACUCCUUCUGCGGCACCAUCGAGUAUAUGGCGCCCGAGGUGGUCAGGAGCGGCAGUCAGGGUCACGAUAUUGCAGUAGACUGGUGGUCAGUGGGAGUCCUGACCUACGAACUCCUGACGGGAGCGUCUCCCUUCACGGUGGAAGGUGAGAAGAAUACCCAACAGGAGAUCACCAAGCGCAUCGUCCGGUGCAGUUACCCCGUCCCGCCCGACGUCAGUCCCGAAGUCCAGGAUUUUAUUAGGAAAUUGUUGGUGAAAGACCCGCGACGCAGGCUCGGUGGUGGUGAACACGACGCUGAGGAGCUGAAGAGGCAUCCCUUCUUCCAGAACCUAGACUGGGAGGCAGUAGCUCGCCGUGAGAUCCCGGCCCCGUUCGUCCCGGUCCUGACACACGCGGCGGACACCUGCAACUUCGCUGACGAGUUCACCAGGAUGCCGCCCACCGACUCGCCGGCCCAGGCGCCUAAACAUCACGAUAAAUUGUUCCUUGGCUACUCGUACGUGGCUCCUAGCAUAUUGUUCUCGGAGAAUGUCAUAUCAGACCAGAUAUGGAUGCAGGCCACCGGACAGAAGCACGAUAAACUCAAAGGAUGGGUUGCCAAGGACUCACCAUUUUUCCAAAAGUACUCUGUGGAGCUGAGCACUCCUCUGCUCGGUGACGGCUCAUACUCCGUCUGCAGGAAGUGUAUCCACCGGCAGACUGGCAAGGAAUAUGCUGUCAAGAUUAUAUCGACACAGAAAAAAGACAUCAAACAGGAGAUCGAGCUGCUGAAGGCGUGCCAAGGGUGUCCCUACAUCAUCACGCUGCACGAGGUCUUCCAUGACUCGGCGUUUACGUACAUAGUGACGGAGUUAGCUAGCGGCGGCGAGCUGGCGUCGCAGCUGUCGGGCGGCGCGCUGGCCGAGCGGACGGCGCGCAGACUGCUGGCGCAGCUCGCGCUCGCACUGCGGCACAUGCACGCGCGGAAGGUCGUGCACAGGGACCUUAAGCCAGAGAACAUCCUCCUAUCGACGCGAUGCCUAGAAGAAGCGCGUGUGAAGGUGGUGGACUUCGGUUUCGCGCGGCGGUCCCCCGAGUGUCCCGAGGAGCGGCCCCGCAUGAUGACGCCGUGCUUCAGCCUGCCGUACGCCGCGCCCGAGGUCGUGGCCCGCGCGCGCUCCCAGGCCGCGCCCGGAUACGGCCCGCAGUGCGACCUCUGGAGCCUCGGCGUCGUCUACUACUACAUGUUAUGUGGUAAAGCGCCGUUCCAGCCUGUCUCUAAGAAGGAGCCCAUCACCGCCUUCAUGGACCGGAUUCGAACCGGCAACUUUACUAUGGACGGCCAAAUCUGGGAGAGCAUAUCGACGGAGAGCAAGCGCAUUGUGAUGGGUCUGCUGGCCGUGGACCCGCUGCGGCGCUUCGGCACCGACGAGCUACUCGCCGCGCUCGGCGUCGCCAUACCCGAGCCCACCAGCUUCAAACUCGCGGACAUGACGAAAGCAGACCUGUACAAGCGAAGGUACAAGAACAAACAUCGGGAGUCCAGCGCCUCCGAGGCCGGGACCUCUCAGUCCGACACUACCGAGCCAGAGGAGAAGGAGACCUCCCUCAUUGACACCAUCAACAACUUGAAAAACAGGAUGAACCACAACUCCUUAGAAAAAGAUGUAGAGCUCAUCAAAGCUAACACAAUAGAGACCCCCGUCGCAGAGUCCCCCGAACCGUCAUACGACAUCGACGACGACGUCCCCCCAGUCAAACCGGUCGAGAAAACCUACUCCAAGUCCCGUUCCAAGCUAGACGACUACAUCUACAUCGAGAGCAGUCAAGGUCUAGACGGCACUGAAGUCGCAUUCCCCAAAACUAGUCGCGUUAAGAAAUCCAAAUCCCCAGUACCGAGGAAACGCAGAAAAGUUGAACCCAAACCCAAGAAAGAAGUCAACGGCGAGAGGGAAUUACGUAGCAAAGUAGAGAACGGCACACGGGGGCGAGCCACCAAGGAGGUAGAGAAACGUGUGCUCAGGAGUAAGAGCGGCACAGAGAAAAAUAGAGCCACUAAAGAGUCUAUAGAGAAUGAGAAAACUGUAGUGACUAGAGUCACGAGGAAGAGGAAGUACGAGGAGCUGACCAAGCCGGUGCUGAGGGAGAAGGGACAGAACGGGCGAGCUUCCAGCAAGCUGAGCACCGAGCCCGUCGUGGAGGACAGGAAGGUGCUCCGCGCGCGGAAGGCCAAGGCGGCGCCCGCGGCGGAGCCCGAGCUGGGCGGCGCGCGCAUGACGCGGUCGCGGCGGCGGCGCCUGGAGGUGUCGCUGUCGCCGUCCGAGGUGCCGGCGCUGGCGGCGUCCUUCGACUCGGCGCGCGUCACGUCGGUGGAGAGCUCCAAGUCCCACACCAAAGCCAAGCGCGCUCCCCCCGCCAAAGCUAAAGCUAAGCCCAAACCCAGCAAACCCAAGCGCGGCCGAGGCCGCCCCGGCCGCAGGUGAAGCCGUUCCUCCCCUCCCGUAUAUCGUAUAGACAAUUCAUAGACUGUUGCGCCUCGAGGCAACUAAACCUAGUUAUAUAAACCCCCCCAUGCGGCGUCAGCUAACCUCAAAUUCCAAAUGAGACAGAAUAGUGAUGCAAUAAAAUUAUGGACGCUUUGCUCACGCGUAGACGUAGACGACAGAGGAAAGAAUUAUUUAUUCGACGAGAAUGAAAAGAGUAAGUUAUAUUUCUUUAAAAAUGUAGAAAACCUCUGUAAACUAGUUCUUUCAAUAAUAAUGUUAGACCUGUUUUUAUUUUUUAUUAUCCUUUUUAUUUAAAAAUGUUACUAUUAAUUUUUAAGAUACUUUUUUUCCCUUAUUAUUACCAUUAGAAUUAAUUCUUGAAGUUGGUUAUUAUGUAUUUUUGAUUAGAAUAAUGAAAAAAUAAUUAAUUAAAAAAACAUAGGUAAAUUGGUGUGUUUGAGCACUGUUCUGUAGUUGAAUAAAAUUAUUUUGUGAGUUAUUAUAAUUUAUUAUUUAUAGUGCUACAAUACCUUGCUUCUUUAUUGUGAUUUGUCCGGGCGGGCGACGCGCGAGUCGCUCGCGUGGCCACAUCGUAUAGAGUCACUAAAUUCCCACAAGUUUGAAUAUAAACAUUUCUAAAUCGUUCACAGAUCUCUUUCAGUAAACGUAUAUAAAUGACUUUGUUUGUGUGUGUAUAUUUGUUUGAAUAGGAUAAUAGGUUAAAUUUGUAAAUGUUCCCUUCGAUAUAAUAGGCGUUUGUAUUUCAAUAUGUACUUCUUUCUUCCACUUUGCAAAAAUGUAAAAAAAAACGAAUAUAUAUUUAUUUAUGGUGAAAGUGCCAAAGCAUGCUUGAUGAUUCCGCUUAUAUAUUACGCGUUCGAAAUUAUUUGUAAUUGUUUAUAAAAUCACAAUUUAAUACUUCCUAAAUUGUAUAGGGGUUGUUUAUAAAAAAACUUAAUUUAAAAACUUAUAAAAAAACUUUAAAAAACAUUGUAUCUUGUCCUUCAGUGUGUGAUAUUUAUAUCUUUUUUUAACUCUUUUUCGAACGAAAUUAUUUAUGGUUUCGGUUUUGACUAUAUCAAUGUUGGGACUCGAAUCUUAAAUCUCGCAAAUGUAUUUAUUUAUUACCUAAACAAAAAGACAUCUCUAAAAUUAAACAACCCGUAAACAAUUCGUAAUGUAAUUCUUUUCUCGUUUUAAGCGCUUUUACCAAAUAAAAACGUAUGUAUAUUGUUUUUGUCCCCUUCCCUGUAAAUACUACGAUAGCAUUUAGUACAAAUUCGGUGGAAGAGUUUAAAAAAAUAAUUAUUUAUAAUUAAAUUUGAAGGAAGGGAAAAGUCUCAUUGUCAAAUUUACACGUUACUCUCUUGUCUCGUGAUACGAAAAGGCACUGAAGUUUAUUAAUAUAAAUAUUAGCUCAUUAAGCUUGACUGUAUGUUUUAACUUUCAAAAUUUUAGUUAAACAAAUUGUAAAUGAAUUGUUGCAUGCUGUUACACUUUAGUGAAAGUUGUUGAAAAUUAAGUGCGCCAAAUUCAGUUUCUUGACUGAUUGUAGAAUGAAUAUGUAAUGUUAUAUUUAUGUAAUACGUUCUCGGCUGUUCGUCAAAAUUCUAUGGACUCCCAACGAAACGAGAUCGAGCACACAGCUCUCUCUUUCACCCAAUAACUUCGGUUAAACUCGCUUGUGACGGAGAUACCCGAAGCUCUAGCGAAAAUUGCCGUUAAGUUUGAAAAUUAUUUGCAUGUAAAAUUGACGAAAUAGAUAUUUUAAAGUAGUAUAUAUCAGGAGAUUUUGUUAUAUAUAUUAGCUCAAAUAUAUAUUACGAAUACCCAACUAGAUUUUAUAGCUUAUACAAAUGUUUUUUGUGAGUAAAGGACUUUCAUAGUUGUACAUGAAUAUUGUUUAAUGGGUUGCUACGUCCAUCGUAAGUUAUGUUCAGUCCAAUACCUUUUAGUAUUAGUAUUAUUUGUACCGUACAACGUGCAUGAAAGUGUUUUACUCAACACAUAUAUUGUUGCUAUUUACAAUCAAUUGUGAGCAAUCCAAUGUAUUAGAGUACGCGAAGGUAGGACCACAACAAUACAGACCCUCUUUUGAUGCAGUCGUUACAUUAUAAAAGUUAAUUUGAACAAAGACAGAACCGUAGUGCCGACGCGUAUUGCGAUGAUUACUUUUGUUUUAGGAAAUUAAAAAUUUCCCCGAAUGCUAACUCGAGUAGCCUUUACGUUACAUACGACGUAAGGAUUGUAAAAGAAAAGUGCACUUAAAAAUAUAAAAGGAUGUACCAAAAGAUAUAUAAUUUUAUAAUAAAGUGUUAGGUGUUAAAUGAUGUCGGCGUAAAACAAAUUUUGUAAGAUGUUACAUGGUAGCCGGCUAAAGGAAUGGAUUGUAAGAAAUAUACCAUUUUAACAUUA